AUGCCCAGAAACAAACGUCAAUGGCAUCAAGACCGGUCUGGAGGAUAUGUAUCGCUUUGUCGUUCAGGGUCACAGGGCACCGUGCGUCCACCGAUUAAGAGUCGCCUGGCCGUUGGGUGCCGUGCUGAAUCUGCUCAACAAUCUCGACCAUCACUCAAACAAGGAUUGGCAUUCAAUAUCAUCAAAAUCAAGAGAGCCUGA